AUUGUGGAGGUAGCAUGGGUCAUGUUCCGCGAUCGACGAACUUUCCUCUUCUUCAUGGCCACCAUGGUGCUAGGGCAAGGGUUUGGCGCGAUCUUCACGUUCCUCUUUGUACUUCUUGCAGACCUCGGUGACAAGGGAGCAGUGAUGGGGCUGUCACUGCUCGUGACCUGCCUGACUGAAGUGCCCAUCUUCUUUGUGGCAGAUAAGAUUAUCAACAGCAUCGGCAUGAUCCACUCCUACAUCGCCUGCACCCUCCUCAUGGCUGUCAGAUUGACCUUCUUCUUCUUCAUGCACAACCCCUGGCUCGUGCUCAUUGUUGAGGGGAUCCAUGGAGUAACUUUCGGCGUCAUGUGGGCUACAGGGGUGACUUACUGUCGCAAGAUCGCACCCAAGGGGCUCGGGGCGACCAUGCAAGGAUGGUACACGGGUUGGACGUUCGGCUUCUCGAUGGGGUCAGGGUCGCUCAUUGCAGGGGCACUGGCCUCGCGCUUCGGCCUUCCCACCAUGUUCCUGGUCCUGGGGCUAGUCUCAGGCGCCACUGGCGUCUUCAUGCUG